GUUACACAGUUCUAACUUUUAAAUUUGAUCUGCUCCUUCAAUAGCCAGUUUUUAAAGCAUUUACGAACUAAAACUGUUUGAAACGGUUAAGAGAUAUUCAUAGUACCAUAUUUUAAAAAAGCUCUUUGUUUACUGGUUUACGUAUAUGUUUACAUUGAGCUGUAACUUCGUGAAUAACCGAGAUUACAAAUUUUUCACUAUGCAUUUAUAGAGUUUUCUGCAAUUUAUUUUCUUGUUUAUUGUGAAAAUGUCAGACGAUCAUAGUGCAGCUGACUACGAUGAGGUUCUCCGUGUACUGCCUGAAUCGUUCCAAGAAACUUGGAGAGACAAUCCUGACGUGUUGUUAUACUUAUCGGAUCUUGGAGGUCUGGGAAUCCAACACUUAAACCAUGAGCCAGAAAAGUUAACCGAACAAAAAGUAGCACUGUUAGAACAAACUCAAGAUUUAGCCUUUCAUAAUUACAAAACAUUCAUUCAAGCGGCUGAAUGCUCCCAUAAAAUAUUUCAAGAUUUCAACAUCAUCGAAACUAGACUGAACCUUUUGCUGGACAAGUUACCUAACUUCAGUUCAAAAUGCAGCACAUUCGCUAAAGAUUCUCAAAAAAUCAGCGCAAGAUGGCAUCAGGCCUCAUCUACCCUAUCAAAACAUCCUCAACUGCUUGAAUUUCUGGAGAUGCCACAGUUGAUGGAUAAUUAUGUUAAAAAUGGUUAUUAUGAUGAAGCCUUGGAACUUUCUACUUAUGUCAAAAGAUUGGAAAAGAAGCAUUCUGAUAUUUUUUUGAUCAAAAGUAUUGUUGAAGAUGUUAAGGUAUCGGUAACAUCGAUGCUGAAUCAUUUACUUUCUAGAUUGCGUACCAACAUUCAACUCCCUGAAUGUCUUAAAGUUGUUGGUUAUCUAAGAAGAAUGGAUGCCUUUAAUGAGUAUGAAUUGCGUAUCAAGUUCUUGCAAGCUAGAGAUACAUGGUUUCAGAAGGUGAUAGCAGAUAUCGAUAAAAGCAAUCCUUACGAUCAUGUCAUGAAAGUAAUAGAAAGCAGCAGAGUUCAUUUGUUUGAUAUUACGACACAAUACCGAGCCAUUUUUUCUGAUGAAGACCCGCUACUUCUCGUUAGAGAAGAUUUGAAAGGAAAUUGUGCCAUCUUCCAAAGUUGGAUUACCUGGAAAAUACAAACUUUUUUACGUAUCUUGAAAAGUGACAUUUCAAGCAAUUUGGGUGGCAGAGUUGAUUCCGUGUUAGCCCAGUGCAUGUAUUUCGGAUUGUCGUUCAGUCGCGUCGGCAUAGACUUUCGUCCUCUCUUAGUUCCCCUGUUUCAGUCAGUUUCAUUACAAAAGUUCUGUUCAAAUCUAGAGGCUUUAACAUUUAAGUGCGAAAAGUGCUUUGAAGCGCAUGAUUUUUCAACAUACACCAAUACUCUUUUCUUAGUUACGAACACGGCGGAGGAAUCGUUGCAACCUCCUUUAGGCUUAUUAGAUUUUUAUCCCUUGGCUCAAUACUGUAAUGACAUACUUGGAGCUUUAAACGAGCUGAAAUUGUGUUGCUCUUUUGCCAUAGCUUCUGAUGUAACGAGCGCCUUAUCGAAAUCUUUGAACCGCUUUGUGAAUACAAUUGUGUCUUACCAUUCCAAGCAAUUACGCAACAUGAGUGAUGUAGAGCUUAACAAUUUUAAUAAAUUUUGUUUUCUUAUAUUAUCUGAUUUAAUUCCACAUUUCAAUAAAUGCUUAGCAUGUCUCUUUCCUCCUGAAAAUAUUUCUCAAGUUUUGGGAAUUACAACCCUGGAAUUCAAGAAAUUUGAAUACAAACUAGAUUCGAAAAACAUAACUCAGUCUCUGGAGACUAUAUUGCCAACGAAAGAUGAUUUAGGCAUAAUGUUCACUGUUAAAUCAAUUGAUGAGCCACAGGAAACAACUCGCAAAAGCUCUAAAGGUUUUGAAAAUUUUUCAAAGGAUCAAGAAGACCAAAAGAAUAGUGAAAAUUUUUCAAAGAACCAAGGAGACCAAAGGAAUAAUGAAAAUUUUCCAAAGGACCGUGGUGGCCAAAAGGGUAGUGAAAAUGAAGCUUUGCCCAAUACUUCUGGAAAUAGUGAUUGCGUAAGUGAUGAAGUUGAAAAGAAUCUCAAAGGUGUAAUUGAUUAUGAUUCAAUCACUACCCAAGAAACAUUGAUUGUUGACAAUUCUAUGAGCUCAAAUAUUGAGGAUCCCAAUUCUGUUACAAGUGUUGAUGAAUCUAAUAUUUAUGACCCGAAUCAUCUAACUAAUGCUGAUGUUACAAAUAUUGCAGAUCCCAAUUAUGUUACUAAUGUUAAUAUCGAAGAUCCCAAUUCUUUAACAAAUGCCUGACAAAUAGAAAGUGAUAAAAAUAAUGACUGAUAGGACUUAAAAUUAUUUUAUUAUAGAGAAAUAUUAAUAUAUUAUUAUUUUACAUAUUUAAAUGAAGCUUUAUCAUAGUUUGAAAUAGUAUCUAAUUAUUGUUAAAAUAAAAUGUUUUGAAGAAAA